GUAACCUACUUCCAUCGUCCGAGCCUGGACAAUUCCAGGAAGACUUUAUACCAGUAAGCGAAGGUCACUGGAGGAACAAUGCACUGCUUGGUAAUGCACACACAGAGGCCCAUUGAGAAGCUAAUGUCUGCGUUUCCCUAACACAGUACAGCGUCGAGGUCAUGUCCAUCACAGGAAACAAUAACAACGGGCAAAACUAUGACACACAUCACCGUACUCCACGUUCUCGGAGACGAUCGCAGUUCCACUCUCAGGCCACCUGCAAAUUCAGAAAGUGGCCAACACUCGCCGGCGUCUUAUGCAUAGUCGAUCAACUGCAGAAUCGCGUUCGAGAGCAAGAAUUGCACAUUGUGUGGAUGGAGGAGCAGCAACAACGGAUUAACCAACUUCAGGACGCCCUGACGAAACUGACGCUGGAUAUGGCUUACAAGAUGCAGGCUGAAGAUGCAAGUCUCUCUCCAGUUGUGUUUCCCCUCUCCUGAUGAGCAAGACGGUCUUACAAGGAGUGUGCUUGGGCUAGGCUUCUCGUUACUGCUUGCAUCGUGCUGCAGUUGGAGCAGUUUGAUGAGUUUACAAUGGGACCGGCAGGGUGUUGGAGGGUUGCAGAGCGAGGUUUGGGCUUGUGUCUCUUUCCUUCGGCAGCACGACUUCUUCCGUUGGCGUUUGACAUUGACAAGGAUAGCAAAAAUUGUGUUUCUAAGUAGAAUACUUCUGAG